AUGUUCAGCAUCCGCACAACAGUGUUAGGAUCGCGUGAUCAACUUUGCAUUCACGAUAGAGUGUGCAAGGAGCAGGAUACAAGAGUGAAGACUAACUCCUCAGUUGCUGGCGCAACAUAUAGAAAUUACAGACUGCUAUGUGUCGCGGUAUGGUCUCAAAGCGCACUUGUCACUACUACAAUAAUUUUGAUAGUGGGUCCCACAUUUCCUUGCAUUAGUAGUUUAUGAUU